CUAAGCUGAGGCGUCGUCAGUCCUACUCCAACCGCCGAACCGCUAAGAUGUUUCGUAUUUUAAAAUGUAGUGAACACUUAUCAGCACGACACUUUACUCGUGGCAAACAUACUGGAAAAGUGAUCGCUCUGCGACGUGAAGAUCAAUCAGUAUGGGAACGUCGAGCCUCGUUUUCACCCGCGAACGUGAAAAAACUCAUCAAGCAGGGCGUCAAGGUGAUAGUGCAGCCAUCGAACAGGCGAGCCUACCCAAUGCAGGCUUAUCUGAAUGCUGGUGCUACCGUUCAGGAAGACAUUAGCGAAGCUUCUGUCAUCUUUGGCGUAAAGCAGGUCCCAGUAGAUGCUCUGAUUCCCCAGAAAACGUACUGCUUCUUUUCGCACACGAUCAAGGCGCAGGAAUCGAACAUGCCCCUGUUGGACGCAUGUCUGGAGAAGAACAUUCGGCUAAUCGACUACGAGAAGCUUAUGGAUCGUAAUGGACAACGACUGGUAGCCUUUGGCAAGUACGCCGGCGUGGCCGGUAUGGUGAACAUCUUGCACGGGCUCGGUUUGCGUCUGUUAGCACUGGGACAUCAUACCCCGUUUAUGCACGUUGGUCCCGCUCACAACUAUCGUAACUCAUCGAUGGCCCGACAAGCCGUCCGUGACUGUGGGUAUGAAAUAUCGCUCGGCAUGAUGCCCAAAUCGAUCGGACCGCUCACGUUCAUCUUCACCGGUUCCGGUAACGUGUCGCAAGGUGCACAGGAAGUGUUCCAGGAACUGCCGGUAGAGUUUGUACCGCCGGAAAUGCUGCGCAAGGUGGCCGAACACGGAUCCACUAACAAACUGUACGGCUGUGAGGUGAGCCGCUCGGAUCAUCUUGAGCGUCGCGAGGGUGGCAAGUUUGAUCCCGUGGAGUACGAUCAGUACCCGGAGCGAUACGUGUCCACCUUCAGCAAAAACAUUGCUCCGUACGCAUCGGUCAUUGUGAACGGUAUCUACUGGGCGGUGGGUGCACCGAAGCUGAUCACCAUCCCGGACGCGAAGAAUCUGCUCCGACCGGCCAACACACCCUGGCUACCGACGAGCCGAGGAUCACCCGCGCUGCCCCAUCGAAUGCUGGCGAUCUGCGAUAUUUCGGCCGAUCCGGGUGGCUCGAUCGAGUUCAUGAACGAGUGUACAACGAUCGAUACGCCCUUCUGCCUGUACGAUGCGGAUCGUAACAAGGAUCAGAAAAGCUUCAAGGGUCCGGGAGUGCUCGUCUGCUCGAUCGACAACAUGCCGACCCAGCUGCCACGCGAAGCGACCGAUUUCUUUGGAGAUCUGCUCUACCCGUACGCGCUGGACAUACUGCAAAGUGACGCAUCCAGACCGCUGGAGGAGCACAACUUCUGCCAGCCCGUGGAGGGUGCGAUCAUCUGCAGCAAUGGCAACCUAACGCCGGGCUUCGAGUACAUUAACGAGCUGCGGGAGAUGAACAACCGAUCGCGCCACAAGACGGAAGGAUCGUACGAGGGCAAGAAGCGAGUGCUGGUACUCGGUGCUGGAUUCGUGUCGGCCCCACUGGUAGAGUAUCUGCACCGGGAGUCCAACGUCAGUAUUAAGGUGGCGUCGCAGUACAAGGAGGAAGCUGAUCGGUUGGCCCACCGGUACCAGGGCGUUGAGUCGGUGUACGUUAACGUGCAGGACGAAAGUGCCAACUUGCAGAACUUGUGCGAGGAGAGUGAUGUGGUGGUGUCGCUGCUACCAUACUCCCUGCACAGUGUCAUUGCGAAGCACUGUAUCGCUGGGAAAACACAUCUCGUGACGGCUAGCUACGUGAAUGAUGACAUCAGUGCGCUGCACAGUGCCGCUCAAGACGCUGGCGUAACGAUCAUGAACGAGGUUGGACUUGAUCCGGGCAUCGAUCAUCUGCUCGCACUGGAGUGCAUUAAGGACGUGCAGGAAAAUGGCGGUGUAGUUGAAUCGUUCGUCAGCUUCUGUGGUGGACUUCCAGCGCCCGAACAUUCGAACAAUCCGCUACGGUAUAAGUUCUCGUGGUCACCGCGUGGCGUCCUUCUGAACACGCUGUCCGCCGCCAAGUAUCUGAGCAAGGGGCAGGUGGUGGAAAUUUCCGGUGGUGGUGAGCUUAUGUCGGCGCCACGGGAGCUCGAGUUCCUGCCCGGCUUUGCGCUCGAAGGCUUCCCGAACCGCGAUUCGACCAAGUACCAAUCGCUGUACGGGCUGACGAACAUCAACACGCUGCUGAGGGGUACGAUCCGGUACAAGGGCUUCUCGGACACGAUCAAACCGAUGCAGCUGCUCGGACUGAUCGAUCCCAACCCCCAUCCACUGUUGCAUCCCCACGGACCGGAGCUUACCUGGAGACAGCUGGUGGUGAACAUGCUCGGACUGGCCGAUGCGGACAUUUUCAUUGAGAACCUCAAGCACAGGCUGGCGGAGCGUGUAGGCACGAUCGAGGGUUUGGAGGAGCUGGGCCUGCUGGACAAUGUGCCCGUAGUAAAGAUGGGUUCGCCGUUGGAUACGCUUAGCUACUAUCUGUCGAAGAAGCUGGCCUUUGAGGACACUGAACGUGAUUUAAUCAUUCUACGUCACGACGUUGGAAUUCGCUGGAGUGACGGACGCCGGGAGGAGCGUGGCAUCAACUUCGUCGUGUACGGUCAGCCUGCCUCCACGGGUGGUCACUCAGCGAUGGCCAAAACGGUCGGAUUUCCGGCAGCGAUUGCAGCGAAAAUGAUUAUCGAUGGUGAGAUCCAGCAGCGCGGAGUGGUGCUUCCGUUCUCGGCGGAUAUUUACCGGCCCAUGCUUGCACGCCUGGAACAGGAAGGUCUGACAGCUACCACGACUACGAAGGUGCUGUGAAAAGGAGCGAAGGAAGGAAGGAUGAUCAACAUGGAUAAAAAUUCGCCGAAUAAUUUGCACAAGACAGUCGAACAAUCUGGAUGCUAACUGAUUGCAUCGAGGUGGCGCACCUCCUAAAGUUAAGAUAAGGUAAAAUAAAACUGUAACUCAAUUUGUGAAUGUAAUUAAUCGACACAAUAAAAUGUAAUUUAAAUCGAA